AUGGCAACGGUUCUAGCGAAGGACCCUUAUCGGAAGGGCGAUGAAUCUGUAUCAUCUGUGUCUCUGCAAGGAGUCCCUCCUCUUGGGGCUCCGAAGGAGGAGAAGCGAUUCUGGUUCCAGCGAGACAAGUUCUUCGACCCGUUCGCCAUCGCUACACAGGCGAGUGUUUUCGACGAUCCCGAGUCCGCUGAAAAAUAUCAGCCACGGUCAGACUGGGAAAACAUUCACAGAUUUGACCCUCUAGCCAGAUGGACCUGGGCGGAAGAGUAUUCUCUGAUUCGAAAGGUCGAUUUUCGUAUAAUGGUCUGGGCAUGCAUAAUGUUCAUGGCACUGGAGCUUGAUCGUGCCAAUAUCAGUCAAGCGAACACCGAUAACAUGCUCGGUGACCUCAAUAUGACCACGGAUGACUUCAACUUGGGAAACACAGUCUUCAAGUUAGCCUUCCUUUGCGCCGAGUUGCCGUCACAACUUGUCUCAAAGUGGGUUGGCCCUGAUCGGUGGAUUCCCGCCCAGAUGGUUCUAUGGAGUAUCGUCGCUAGCUGCCAGUUCUGGUUGUCUGGGAGGGACUCGUUCCUCGCGUGUCGCGCACUUUUGGGCCUCCUCCAAGGAGGUUUCAUUCCUGAUGUUAUCCUGUAUCUCUCGUACUUCUACAAACAUCAUGAGCUUUCGCUGCGACUGGGCUUUUUCUGGACUGCAAUGUCAACUGCAGACAUUCUCUCUGCCCUUCUCGCAUAUGGCUUGCUCCAUAUGCGUGGUCUGCAAGGUCACGCCGGAUGGAGAUGGCUCUUCCUCAUUGAAGGGCUCUUGACCCUUGUGAUUGGCAUCUUUGGUUUUCUUUUGAUGCCAGCUGGCCCUUGCCAGACUGCAAGCUGGUUCCGUGGCAAGAAUGGCUGGUUCUCAGAAAGAGAGGAAGUGAUCCUUGUCAAUAGAGUUCUUCGCGAGGACCCGAGCAAGAGCAGCAUGCACAACCGCGAGCCCAUCACUCCACGUUUGCUCUGGGACAGCAUUCGGGACUACGAUCUCUGGCCACUCUACAUCCUGGGCCUCACUUUCCAGAUUCCCAUGACACCUCCAAACCAGUAUCUCACGUUGACACUGCGCAACUUGGGAUUCGACACUUUCCAAGCCAAUUUGCUGGCAAUCCCCAAUACCGUUGGCCACAUGAUUACUAUGCUCAUCCUCACGUAUCUCGGAGAAGUUUUCAACGAACUCACUUUCAUGUCCAUGUCUGGUCAGGUGUGGACUCUGCCGUUCUUGAUCUACCUGAACGUUGUCGACACCACUGAAGUCAACAGAUGGGUUCUUUACGCCGUCAUCUCAUUGCUACUUAUCUAUCCUAAUGCUCAUCCGAUUCAAGUUGGAUGGAACAGCCGAAACUCAAAUACUGUGCGCUCUCGAACAGUUUCCGCUGCCUGCUACAACAUGUUUGUGCAGACCAGCGGCAUCAUCUCCUCAAACAUCUACCGGUCUGAUGACGCGCCGCUGUAUAAGCGAGGAAACAGAGCCCUUCUUGGCAUCGUGUGUAUGAACUUGGUUCUCUAUCCGCUCGUCAAGUCCUACUACGUCUUCCGCAAUAAACGACGCGACAGAAUCUGGAAUGGCAUGUCAGAGGAGCAGAGACUUGCGUACCUUUCCACGACGAAAGACGAAGGAAAUAAGCGACUUGAUUUCCGUUUUAGCCACUAG